AUGUACCGCCUGGUGCGCCUGGGCCCGCUGCGGCCGCCGGCGGUUUUUUUUGGGGCGCCUGGGCGCGCGGCGGCCGCCGGCGGUCCCGCGGGCGUUGGGCUGCGGUCCUCGCCUCGCCCGGGCUGGCCUCAGCCCGCCGCUGCCCCUCCUGAUCUACAGAGGGUGAUUUAUAGGAACUUAAAUGUUGGACCUCUUCUAUCAGAUGCAGGUGUAUCCCCCGAAAAGGCAGCCACGGAUCCCGGUGGUGAAAACAGGAAACUCAACAAAUCCCAGCAACUGAAACAAGUUUUUAAAGAAUAUGGUGCUGUAGGGGUUUCAUUCCAUGUUGGAAUUUCAUUAGUAUCUCUAGGAAUCUUCUACCUGGCUGUGUCAAGUGGUGUGGAUAUGACUGCAGUUCUCUUCAAACUUGGUUUCAGUGAAUCAUCGUUGCAAUCUAAAAUGGCUGCUGGUACAAGCACAUUUGUGUUGGCAUAUGCUAUUCACAAAUUGUUUGCUCCAGUACGAAUCAGCAUUACUAUAGUUUCUGUGCCAUUUAUUGUCCGAUACUGCCGGAAGAUUGGUUUCUUCAAACCUCCUGCCCCAAAUCCAUGACGAUUUCUUACUGGUUUUUACUCUGUUUUUUAAAUGCUCUAUAUCCAUGUACCUUUUCAGAUUGCUAAAUUUCUUUAAAAGACUUACUUGGAUGCAUGUUAAUGCUGACCUCGUCUUGCAUUUCUUACUUGUUCUUUCAGGUAAAUGUUACACUGUGAAAAGUGCUGUCCUUAUCUUCUUUCCCUUUUGCCACCUCUUCUUCAGAAAAACCUGUUAAAAUGGUAUCUGGUUUCCACUGCAAAUGGUAAUAUAAAUGCUUGACAAUGAGCAGUCUCUUUAGAACACACAGUUCUGGGUCUUUAUAAUGUAGCUUUUUGGGUCUUAAUUUUUUUUCUUGUCAAAAUAGAGUGGCAGCAUCAGUUUAUUACUGUGUAGUUGGGAAACAGAGUAAGAUUCUCUUCCUAAUAGUCUGUGGAAUAAACAAUAUCCUACUAUAUGAAUAGUUCUUUUGGUAAGUGUAUAUAUUGGAAUCUAAGGUGGUAGGUGGGUGUUUCGUUAUAAAAAGCAUAUAUUAUGACCCCAGUCUUGCAAUACAACACACUUGCUGAACUAACUUAAGUGAGAGUACCUGUAUACUUAAUUAUUGCACAGUGAUAAUUUUUUUAGCCAGAAUAGGUGAUGCACUGUUCUGAAACUACAGCUUCUUUGUGGUGCUUCCAUGUUUCAAGAUUUUAUUGUUUGAAAAUGUGCUUUAUUUAUAGGCUAGGAACUGGCCUUACUAAAGUCCUUUUUUAAAAAAA